AUGCCCGUCCCCAAAUUCAAGGCUUGGGGCCUCGCCAGCGACAAUGCACUCGGCCUCGGCCCGUUUAUCAUGGAGGACUUCAUCCAAGGCGUAAGCCUCAAGAACAUUCUGAGGGAAGAGGCCGAGGGAUCUACGCUCUUGAGGAAUGACCUGGACGACAAGGAAGUCGAGAUCAUAUACCGACAGCUCGCUCAAUUCACGCUCCAGCUCUUCGACCUCAACUUCAGCCAGAUCAGCGGUCUACCCUUUGAGUCGACCCAUACGCGGCGGCCGCUCAGAGUGACGGCCCACGAGAUCAUCCGCCUCGGGGGGGUUGACGUUCUCGGUAUUGCUAUGCUCUCCCCGCCCCCUCGCCUCCCCUCUUUCCAAUACUAA